UUCAUCCUAAUAAACGCUCGUGUGGUCGACUACCCAAUCGUGUACUGCAACGAUGGCUUUGUACAAAUGAGCGGCUUCUACAGGGUCGAAGUCAUGCAGAAGCCUGGUUCCGUGCCCUUCAUGUGCGGGGAACUGACCAAUAGGGAGGCCGUCAAGAGAAUGGAGCACGCGUUCGAAGUGCAGGAAAGUGAGCAACUUGAGAUUCUGCUCUAUAAGAAGAAUAAGACUCCACUAUGGCUGCUGUUGAAUAUCGCUCCAGUACGGAACGAGAAGGAAAUCAUCGUGCUUUUUGUCCUGACAUUCAAGGACAUCACUGCCUGGAAGCAGCCAAUAGAAGAUGAUGUUUCAAAAGGUUUCUCAUUUUUUAUUCAUCCUCUGCUCUGA